AUGUCGGAGAUACAAGUCAUUAAACCUAAUAAUAUCAUUAAAAAAGAUUUAAAGAUGAAGAAGGAUUUGAAGAAGAAAGGUAAAGAUAAGAAAGAUAGUAAACAUGAUGAUACUUUCAAUGAUGAUUUCCACGUGAAAAUAAAAGGAUUAAGUAAUGAAAUGAUUGAAACUAUGAAAGUGAGUCAAGAUAUUCAAUUACAACAAAUGAAACUAAUUGCUUCAAGAAAUGGAACUGAUUUUGAAGAUUUAACUGAAAAGAUUAAUCAUGAAAAAGAGAAAUUAGAUAUAUUAACAUCAAAGUUGAAACAAAAAGAUGAAGUUGUUCAAUCUGAAGAUUCAGAUAAUGAGUCUAAAAAUUCUGAAUCUGGAAAUGAUGAAGAACCUCCAAUAGAUGAAAUUAAGUCUUCGGAUGGUAAAAGUCAAGAUUCCGAAGUAUCUGAAUCAGAAGAAUCUAAAGAAAUACCAGAUAUUAAAUUGGGUAAUAAAAAUACCACUAGAGGUUUAAAACGUAAACAUGUUCCUUCACCAUUAAAUAUUUCAACAGCUCCAGCUCCAAAAAUCAUUCAUUCAGCCCCUUUGGUUUCAAGAUUUAGAUUAAAACCAACUCCAAAAACUGCACAAUUUCCUCAAGUUCCUCAAACUAUGGCAGGUCCAAUGACAGGUCCUAUUACAGGUCCACCAAGUGCAACACAGAAUGUUUUCCAAACUUAUUUAACUCCACAUAAAUCAUCUCCUUAUAAAAGGAAAUAUCUUCAAAAUCAACAUUUACAUCCAAAAUUUUUACAAGCAACUCCACAAUCUGCAAGACCAUACCCUCAAACUCCAUUAAAUGAUGAAAAACCUUCAGAUUAUAUAGAAGAACAAGAUAUUAUGAAUGAUUUACGUACACCAAAUCAAACAAUUUCAUUUGUUUCACAACCAACAAAAAUGAAUAAAGUGGUAGACGUCUUCGUUAAUGAUAAAUUCAAAUAUGCACCUUUCCAAUCUCAACCAUUAUCAUCACAAAGAGAAUAUUUUAAUAAAAAAAUCAAUGAUAGAACACCAGUUUCUGAUGAUGAAAUCAGAGAAAUGGAAGAAAAGUAUAAAGCAGGUGAAACUAAGAAGAAAUUACCUUCAAUACAAUCAUUACCUAUACCCAACAAAUAUCGAUUAAAUCCUUUAUCGGGCCCCUUAUCAGCACCUUUAAUAAAUCCUCACCAAACUACACAAAAUCCAGGAGAAUUGGUAGGGUCAAUAAACUUCCUGAAUUCUAUUAAUUACAACUUUAAAAUCUUCAAUCAUGAUCAAAAACAAGAUAAAGAGAAAUUUUUAAGAAUUUGUGAAAAGAUAUGGGAUGAAUUUUCAAAUCAGGAUUAA